UAAGCUUGCAAAUAAGAGGCAGCUGGCCGUUAUGCUGCGAAAUCUGCUCCCACUGCUGCCUGUCCCGGUUUGGUGAUUGGCAAUGUGCAGUGCGCCCGGUGCGAGUAACACAAAUGGAUACAGAUUAAUCUGCGUUUCGAGUGCCAGCGCCAGGAAGCUGACCAGCCGUUGACGACGCGAUAGCCCGUACAGAAAAGCGGCCAGCAGGAAGUUACUCCACACGGUCGUCGUCUGGCCGACACAGUUUAGAAUGGUGUACGGAUUGAACAGAUCAUCGAUAUCGUACAACUUUCACAGCCGCAAAAUGCGUAUGGCUAGUGCAUUGUUACGAUCUCGCAAGCCACAGAACGAGACGGACGUACCAUUUCAGGAGGUGCUGCCACUUCGCCUCAAAAACCAUGUGAGCGGUAAAACAGAUAAAACAAGCGAUGUGGCAUGCCUGCAAGAGAUGGCAGUGCUCUUUUCCUGUCUGAAAACGCACGAUUUCAAUGAAAGUUUGUGCGCUAAAGAGGUGGGUACCUUCCAGCGCUGCUACAAGGUGUUCCUGGAUAAGAAAAUGGACAAAAAGGAAACAUCCAGCAAGGGUAUGCUAGUGGCAGGAAAGGACCUCAACUAUAAGCAAUUAAACAAGGUGCUGAAAAAGUAUCCUACAUCGGCACAGAAUUAGGGAUAAGAUCCUUGUUCGGGGUUGCUGCUUGGAAGGUGCUUAUGCUGAUGCAUAUUGUAGUGUAAUAAAUCCUUCAUACAAUAAGGAAACACGU